CGGCAGUCUAUUAUUGCGAAACAAUGUCCCGGGAGAUAACUGUACAAGGAAAUUUGGAUACACAAUAAGUUGUUCAUAUAAAUAGUGCAAUGGAUUGGGAUAGUGUAUCAGUCCUGCAAAGAAGAUAGCCAAGUGAAGAACAGGAGAAACCAAGAUGAUUAAAAUCAUAUCUAUCUUCAUUGUAAUCGCUUCGGCAUUGGCCGCUGAAAUACCAUCACAUGCAACUUUAGACAAGCAAGACGACUUAAAGCCCGACGUACCCGAGGCUAUAGAAACACAUGCGGUAUACAAGAAACCAUUGAAACCAGAAUUGGAACAUCACCCAGUAUACAGAGCGGAGGAGCGUAAGAACCAGGGCCGUGCCAGAAUUGAACCAGUGAGAGCCCAUGGUCCUGUUGUUAAGCAUGAUAUGCUAGCAGAUGAACCCGUAUCUUCUGAUGUUAAUAAGGCUGAUAAUUAUGGAUUCUCCAACCCAGUAGAAGUAGCUUACCCUGAUAUUCCGUACGCUCCUGAAUACGGCUAUGGGAAUGGAUUUACUGGACCAAAUGGUUAUGACUUGUACAACCCCAGUGAAUAUUAUAUGGAGCCGGAUACAUCGGCCACCGGAUUACUUUGGAGUCAAGUUCCCGAUUCAAGGACCCUAGUGAGCCUCGCGGGAAGGAUUAUCCAUUUCAUCUUCAGCAGUAUCUUCGUCAUUAUGUUGGGCUCUCUCCUCACUGUAGGAGUCUGCAGUUACACAAAUCUGUGCAGUAUCACUUUCAACGGCGUCGGUCCCAUUCACGAGGAGAUGAGAUCCUUGAUCACACCAGAACGAUUGGAUAGGAUAGGCAAAGCCGCAGACUUUGUGAAGACUGCCAUCAACAGAUACCAAAAGAUACAGAACAUUGCUGAACCGGGUACAAGAAAACGUCGUUCUCCUUUGUUUUGAUUACGAUAUAUUUUUUUUUUAAUUAAAUGAAUAGUAGAUAUUUUUAAA